AUGGGCGUCAAGAUUCUUAAAAACGGAAAGAUCUUCACUUCGACGGACAACAAGCAGUGCGAGGCACUUGUCGUCGACGGCGAGCGUAUCACCUUUGUCGGCUCGUCGGCUGAUGCCGCGAAGCACGCUGGUGCCCUCGGUGGUGCUCUGACCAAGGUCGACUGCCUCGGCAAGAACAUCCAGCAGGUCCAGGAGGCUAUCAAGAAGCGUCGCGCGGAGCAGCCGAAUGCGAAGAUGGUUCUGGGAUGCCAGUUCCAGUACGAUGCCUUGGGCUGCAUGCCGCACAAGAAGUACCUCGACGAGGUCGCGCCGGACUUCCCCGUCAUCAUCGACAGCAGCAGUCUGCAUACCUCUUGGGUCAACUCGGCGGCGCUGAAGGCGAUGGGUAUCGACAACUCGACGCCGAACCCGCAGGGAGGCGAGUGGGUUCGCGACGAGAACGGAGAGCUCACGGGUUACGUCAAGGAGACGCCUGUGAUGGAGACGGUGUGGCCGUACCUGGUGCGCGAGACGAGCGACGCUGAGCGCGUCACCAUGCUCAAGAGCGUUUUCGACGCGUACCUCGCUACGGGUGUCACCGGCGCCGUCGACCUUGCAACUGUUCCAGAGGAUCUCACCGCGCUCGAGGGUGCGGUCAGGGACUACGGGGGCCGCCUGCCCAUCCGCAUCGCGUGCCACUGGCUCAUGCGUCCCGGAGGUACCCGCGAGCAGCGUCUGGAGCAGGUGCGCACUGCCGCCGCGCACCGCGAGCGCCUCGCCCACCUCGCCCCCUGGCUCACCAUUGCCGGUAUUAAGAUCGUUAGUGACGGUGUCAUUGACUCGUGCACUGCGUACCUUUCGGAGCCGUACCCCAACGGCGCUACCCCGGGUCCCAUCUGGCCCUCGGACGAGCUCGCCGAGGUUGUCCAGCUCGCGGACGAGCUUGGCAUGCAGGUCGCGUGCCACGCCAUCGGUGACGCGGCGGUCGCGCAGGCGCUCGACGUCUUCGAGGCUGCGGCGGAGAAGAACGGCCCCAAGGAGCGCCGACACCGUAUCGAGCACCUCGAGCUUGUCAGCGAGGACUCGAUCAAGCGCCUCGCCAAGGCCGGCGUCAUCGCGAGCAUGCAGCCCGUCCACGCAGACCCUGUCAAGGUCGUCAACUGGUGCGACGUCCUGAACCACGACCACCGCUGCGACCGCAUGUUCCCGUGGCGCGAGUUUGAGGACGAGAACGCCAACGUUGCCUUUGGCUCGGACGCCCCCACCGCUCCUUACCACCCUCUGCCGAACAUGUACACGGCCACGACGCACAAGAGUGCCAUCGACCCCAACCGCCCCGACCCGACGACCGAGCGCGAGAAGAACCUCGCCCGUCUCUGUGUCAGCCUUGAGACCUCGAUCAAGUACUACACCGCUGGCGCUGCGUUCGCGAUGCGCACCGACGACCAGGCGGGUACCCUCGCGCCUGGCAAGAGCGCCGACUUCUGUGUCCUCGACAUCGACCCGUGGGUGCAGGGCCUCGACUCGCUCCGCAAGGCUCAGCGCGGCGUCGCUGAGACCUGGGUUGCUGGCGAGCGGGUCUGGAAGAAGGAGUAG